AUGUCGUCUCCUACGCCAAAACAUAGUCGACAGUCGUCGAAUAUCGACUCACUUGCUUUCUCACCUGCCCGUACACACUCUCGAACCUCAAAUUACAGUCCUAUCACGCCCUCUCGACCAAGCGUCCAUGGUGUUGACGCUUUCGGCCUCGAGAUUUUUGGCAGUGGUGGAUUACAUUCAUCAUCGACUGGAUUGGGUAACCUCGCUGAUGAACUAGCCGACGCAUGGGAUGAGGAAGAAUGCGAAGAUGAUUCGAGUACGAUUUUCCCAGAAGAAACUAAUGUUAACCCAUCCAAGGACAAUGAAGUAGAAGUGUCUCCUCCCAUUUUCAAUCCUACCAGUGUAACGCAUGUCACGAAUAUUAUACCACUUUUGGAAAAAAGACCAAAUAAACUAGCUCCCAAUGAAAAUGGUAACGGCAAAAAUGAGAAUCAACUACCUUUUGAGCUCGAUGGUCUCCCGCCUGGUCUAAUAGCCAAAAUAGAUUUGCUAGAGACUUUAGCACAGACCAGAUCAGAGGAAAACGAACCAGAAGGAGGAGUUAUUCGAAGAUUGACGGAGCUACUUAAAGAAUUGGGCGGCCAAUCGAGGGUCGAGAGUAGUGCUACCAGGCUUGCUACUACGCAUUCCGCAUUAUCAACACAAUUAGUAUUUCAAACUCGCCUUUUACAAUCGCUCGUCUUCCAACUUUUUUCUCCCUCUAGUCUUUCCUUAAGCGAGACCGAUAUCGAUGACCUCAUCCCGAUUCUAAUUCAAACAGGCGAUUCUAUGCCGCGACCUUGUGCCGAAGCCUUCCAUUCUCUCACCCAGCUUCAUAGCCUUACGGCUGACCUUAUUCAGACACUAAAUUAUCUUUCGGACACACUUCAUAUGUCUCGCCAAACUAUAGCUACGGCGUCACGAAGGUUGCGAAGUGUUCGCGACUUGGUUAUCGAAAUUCAAAAAGAGGAUGAGGCGCGCGAGGAAGGCGAACACUGGUUACAGUUACACAACUGGCCACGACGGCUACAUAAUCGUGAAUGUGCCAAGGAGUGCGAUGAAGUUAUGGUGGGGUUUAAUGAAGUGUGUGACAAAUGGCGAGCGAGGCUAGUCGCUCAAGCUGAGGUUAUGGGUGUAUGA